CAGUUAUGUACACCCAGACAACUUUGAAGGCUUAGCUGUGGCUGCUGAGGUCAUUGCACUGGAAAAAAUACACCGACUCUCUCCACUACACCGCCUCCAUUUUGAAUAGCCAUGUAAUAGGGGAUUCGCAUAGUUUGUGUGUAUCGCCCACUGCGCUGCGUAGUGUCAACAAGGCACAUCCAAACAUCCUUCGACAUGGACGACCUGUUCAGUCCGCGAAGGAGCCUGAACAGCACACAGGGCGAGAUACGAGUUGGACCAAGUCACCAGGCCAAACUCCCAGAGUUGCAGCCUCGGCCUGCUCCAGGUUUGCAGACUCAGACGGAGAAUGAGGAGCUGAUGUGGACACCUGGGGUCAAUGACUGUGACCUUCUCAUGUACCUCAGGGCUGCCAGGAGCAUGGCAGCAUUUGCAGGGAUGUGUGACGGGGGAUCAACAGAGGAUGGAUGUUUAGCUGCUUCUCGUGAUGACACCACGCUCAACGCACUCAACACGCUACAUGCAAGCCAUUAUGAUGCGGCUAAAGCUCUCCAGCGUCUGGUGAAAAAGCCUCUGCCGAAGCUUAUUGAGAAAUGCUGGUCUGAGGACGAUGUGAAACGUUUCAUUAAGGGGUUGAGACAGUAUGGAAAGAAUUUUUUCCGCAUCCGGAAAGACUUUCUGCCCAGCAAAAAAACUGGGGAGCUGAUCACUUUCUACUACCACUGGAAGAAAACUCCUGAAGCUGCAGGAACGCGAGCAUAUCGGCAGCAACGCCGACAGCCAUCCUCUCGCAAGGCAAAGACUCGCUCUGUGGCAACUCCAGUCAACACUCCAUCGAGGAAUUAUUCAGUGGAUGCAAGUUCUGCCAGUGAGGACGAUCUUGAUAGUGAAGACAGCGAACAGGAAACCAAAAGCUGCAGCCACUGUGGUACAACAACUUCCAAGGAUUGGCACCAGGGGGGAAGAGACAACCCUUUGCUGUGUACGACCUGCUGCACAUAUGAAAACAAACAUGGCUGUCUGCCGCCUGCUUCAAAGUCUGGAGGCACUCCGUUCAUGUUCAAACCUGUGAAAGAGGAAGAGGAGGUGAACAGCAAGCAUGGCAUGAGGACACGGCGGAGCAGAGCACCUCAGCUGUCAUCUCUGAGAAGCGGCCACAGGAGACUCACAGGAUCUCCCACCAGUGGGGAUCAGCAGACUGGCAACCAGGCCGCUAUAAGCGGUGCAUCUUUGAGAUCCUCUACCACAGAAAACAAGGCUGAGUCCAGCAGGAGGACUAACAAGAAGACAAAAGAGGAAGUAACGUCACCAAAGACAACAAAACGUGUUCGGGAGAGUCCUGCUCAGGAGCCAGAAGAGCCUGAAAAAGUGUCAAAUAAAAGGCUCAAGACACAGGAUCCGCCAGGCUCCCGCUCAGAGGGAGAAGCUGAAGUAGAGGAGGAGAGCUCCUCAGAGAGCCGCAGUGCUCAGGACGACGGCAGCAGUGACACCAAAGACAUCGAUCAGGACAACCGCAGCUCCUCUCCCAGCAUUCCCAGCCCUCAGCAGGGCAACGAGAGUGACUCUGACUCGUCCGCUCAGCCCAACGGCGUCCCAUCAGAGCCUGCUGCUCCUGCCCCUGUGCUGGCCGACACACCGGCCCCACAGGCACCCCCUUCUCAGGUCCCUGCCAUCACUCCCCAGCCAACCCAAAGCACCAACACUGCUGAUUCUGCUCAGACCCUGCCUUCUCUUUCUCCAGACCCCCCUCAGCCUGCUGGGGCUCAGUCAGCGGUUGUAGCAGGCCCUAACAGUCUACUACAGCCCGCCUCUCACUCUCAUCCUGGUCCACCACCUCUGCCAGCAGCUUUGGGUCAGGACUCUCCUCUUUCGCCAGCAUUUCCAGUUCCCCCUGCUCUUAGCUCCGCUCAGCCUCAUGUCCCAUCACCUCAAGCUCCCCAGCGACCACCACCCUUCUAUAGAGAGUCUCAACUUCCACAGCCUCCUCUUUCUGGGCCACAAAUCAAGCCACCUCCCACCACUCCCAUUCCACCUGCACACAAACAGAUGCCACACCAGUCUGCUACACCUUUCCCUCAGAUGCCCUCCAAUCUGCCCCCUCCCCCUGCUCUAAAACCCCUGAAUUCUCUGCCCAACCAGCAUCCUCCUGGGGCCCCCCCUCCCCCUCUUCAGCUCAUGCCACAGCCUUUGCCAAUGCAGUCUAUUUCUGCCCAACUGCCAGUCAUCUCUCAGGUGCAGACCCACCCUGGAAAAAGCAUAACUUCUUCUCACCCGCCUGCUGCAGCCUCACACCCGAUCACCUCCGUCACACCUUCUACCAUUGGCCCCGUCCCAAGCCUCCAGCCAUCGGUUCCUACUCUUCCUCCUAGACCAUCCCCAAGCACCAUAAGUGGCGGAUCACAGAUUCAGAUUAAAGAAGAGCCAAUGGAUGAGCUGGAAGAGGCCGAGAGCCCACCAUCUCCACCUCGAAGCCCAUCACCAGAGCCCACUGUCAUCAACAUGGCAAGCCAUGCCAGCCAGUCUGCACGGUUUAUCAAACACUUGGAUCGUGGUUACAACUCCUGUGCCAGAACAGACCUGUUCUUCACUCCACUCUCGUCCUCCAAGCUGGCCCGGAAGAGGGAGGAGGCCAUCGAGAAGUCGAGGAGGGAGGCUGAGCUCAGCGCACGACAAGAACGUGAAAGAGAAAAAGACAGGGAGAGGGAGAGAGAAAGGGAGGCUGACAGAAAUGCUAGAGCCUCCAGCUCGUCCCACGACAGCCGUAUAAGUGAGGCUCAGAUGGCAGCCCAGGGGCAUGGUCGUCCUUCCUUUGAGCAGCCGCCCACCACUGUAGCUGCUGUUCCCCCUUACAUCGGCCCCGAUACACCUGCAUUGCGCACCCUGAGUGAGUACGCCCGACCCCAUGUUAUGUCCCCCACCAACCGCAACCACCCAUUCUAUGUGUCACUGAGCCCUGGGGAUCCCUUGUUGGCCUACCACAUGCCCGGCUUGUACAGCGCUGAACCCAGCCUUCGAGAGCGGGAGCUGAGGAACCUACGAGAGAGAGAGCUCCGAGAGAGGAUGAAGCCCGGCUUUGAAGUCAAGCCCCCAGACCUGGAAACUUUACACCCCUCUGCCAACCCCAUGGAGCACUUUGCCAGACACGGGGCCAUCGGCCUUCCCCACAUUCCUGGGCCUCCACACCCAUUUGCACCCUUUCAUCCUGGCUUGAACCACAUGGAGCGGGAGAGAAUGGCACUUGCAGGCCCUCAGCUGCGCCCAGAGCUGAGCUACGCAGAACGACUCACUGCUGAACGACUCCACGCAGAGAGGAUGGCGUCUGUGGCGACUGAUCCUGCUACCAGGCUGCAGAUGCUCAAUGUGACGCCGCAUCAUCACCAACACUCUCACAUUCACUCCCACCUACACCUGCACCAGCAGGACCCCCUAGGUCAAGGUUCAAGCCCACAUCCUCUUGUGGACCCCCUGGCAACAGGACCACGUUUGGCCCGCUUUCCUUUCCCUGGUGGCCCAAUCCCCAACCCUCUACUCAGCGAUCUCCCUCAUGAUCAUGAGAUGCUGCGCCAUCCACUGUUUGGAGCUGCAUAUCCACGUGAGCUGCAGGGCCCAAUUCCUCAGAUGUCAGCUGCUCACCAGCUCCAGGCCAUGCAUGCUCAGUCUGCAGAGCUGCAGAGGAUGGCUAUGGAGCAGCAGUGGCUGCAUGGGCAUCAUCUGCAUGGAGGCCCUCUACCCAGUCAGGAAGAUUAUUACAGUCGUCUGAAGAAAGAAGGUGACAAGCCAUCUUGAGUCUCAGGUGGUGCAUGCCCUUGAUACCCUAUAUUCAUACCCAAAUACAAUACUGUGUACUUUCAAGACUGUAAGAGUCAAAUGUGUGUCAGUUUCUUGUUUUAAUAUAUUUUAGAAAAAAUUCUGUGAAUCUUUUUGUGCAUUCCUUGUUCAGCACUUAAUGGGACUGUCAAAGUUCGUCUGAGAUUUUCAUAUCAUGUCAGAAUUUAUACUAAUUUUAAUAUCAAAUAAAGAACAAUCUCACUCAAGUGAGAUUUAAAGCGUCAGAUAUUCUCUAACCAUCUGUCCAAAUGUUUCUUAUGCAGUGGUAAGAAUUUGCUAGAACUCAGCUAUCACAAAUGAUAUGAAAACAGACAGACUUUGCUGUUAAGUUGAAAUAUCCCUAUGAUGAUUUCUAAAUGAUUUCCUUGUACAGAACAACAUUUAAAUCAGUGUUUCGAAUGAUUGUAACAACCUAGCAUGACUCUUCUUUUUUCACCAAACUAGAGUAGCGAGUUGCAUUGUGAUGUUUAGACUUUGAAAGAAUAGUAGAAGUUGGUUUUACUCUUAAAUCUGCUAAAUAUUUGUCUAAACCCUAAAGUUUUAUAUAUCAAGAUUUCUUUCCACAGUAUAACCUAAGCUUUUAUUCGCUCAUUUUUGAGACUGUAAAUAUUCCAUGUUCACAUUAUUCUAUAUGAAUGAUUACUAUUAAUUUAGCAGUAGACAAGAACACUUGACCCUUGAUUCAGCACGAUAGUAGUAAAUCGUAAGCUAAAAAUUCUAUGGUAUUAUAAGUUGAGAUAAUUUUGACUGGAUAAUGAUCCAUUACUUCAAAUUUUUAUCAGACUUAAUGUAUUUGCAUUGUUUUGACAGUUUGACUGAAUUGGAGAGAAACUAAAUUUUGAGCAUAUUAGUGGAUUUUUUUAAAGAACUGCCUCUAAAUUCAAUAUUUAUGUGACAUAAAAUAAAAGUGUAUCCAUUGCAUAUUUAUUUCAAUAAAUAUUU